CGUUAGUGAUGGGCUGGGCGUUAGGAAUCAUAGCAACAGCAUGUCCUUGAAGACAGCCAGACGGCCUCUUCCCUCCUUGUUGUAAUGUUCUGUGGCCGUUUGUAGUGGUUAUAUAGUGCCAGUGUUUCUCCCUAGGUUCAAGCAGUUAUUAAAGUGUAUGGUGUUGGUGUAAGGAUUAUUAUGUAUGACGUAGUGGUGGUUGGUGGCGGGGCGGCUGGCCUCACAGCCGCCUACAGGCUUCUCCAGGCUGAUCCCUCCCUCUCCCUCGUCCUCUUAGAGGCCAGAGACAGGGUCGGAGGUCGGACGUUGACGCUGGAUGUGGACGUUGGAGAUGGUAAGACGGACAAGUUUGACUUGGGAGGCCAAUGGGUCGCCUCCAACCAGCAUCACGUCAUUAACAUGCUGGAAGAACUGGGACUCAAAAUCUAUCCUCAGUACACCCAGGGCACCAAGGUGAUGCAGGUAGGAGACAAUAAGAUAAGAACUUCACUUGGCCUGAGGGGUCGUAUAGAACUACAGCUCUUCUUGUGGAAGGUAGACCGUUUGGCAGCCAAGGUGCCCAUCACUGACCCUUACAGUAGUCAAUACGCAGCCCAGUUGGAUGGAGAAACAGUUGACACUUUCAUGAGGAAAUCUAUUUCCUGCAAGGCUGCAAUGGAGGUCAUAGAUAUCUCGUGCAAAGCUGCUUUUGGGACGGAUGCGACUCGGAUGAGUGUCAUGUUCUUCCUGGCCUGUGUCAAUGCAGCUGGAGGUAUUAUGAAAAUUCUGGGGUCCGAGAAAGAUACUGCACAGGAGGCCCGCGUUGAGGGAGGAACCCAGCAAAUAUCAGAACUUCUGGUUGAAAAGAUUGGAAAGUCCAAUGUCGUGUUGAGUCACCCAGUAUGUGAGGUGAAACAGACGAAGGAGUGUGUGGAGUUGAUCACAGAUAAUGGGAGCAGUUUUACAGCUAAGAGAGUCAUCCUGUCAGUCCCUCCAAAUCUGCUUGCAAAGAUGAAAUUUGACCCGCCUCUGCCUCCCUACAAACGCUUGAUUUAUGAAAACCUACCAAUUGGCCAUCUCACUAAAUUUAUAGUGACUUACAAAAAGGCAUUUUGGAGAGAAAAUGGAUACUCUGGUGAAAUUGUGAGCAAUGGCGGCGAGACAGAAGUUGCCGGCAUGAGCAGAGGUCCACUGACUGCAAGCUGUGAUGCCACUACUAACACUGGAACCCCUGCAAUUGUUGGUUUCAUCGCUGGCCGACAAGGUGUGGAGUGGAACACCAAGACAGAGUCAGAGAGGAAGACGGCAGUGGUUGAGGGCCUGGUCUCAGCCCUGGGCAGCCAAGCUCUGGAUUUUGUUAGUUACACAGAAAAAGUCUGGUCAGAUGAGCCAUACACAGGUGGGUGCCCCAGCGUGUUUGGGGUUCCUGGGACUAUGUACGCCUUUCCUCACCUACGUCUUCCAUUUGAUAAGCUUCACUUUGCUGGAACAGAAACAGCAACAGCAUGGACAGGCUUCAUCACUGGGGCCAUACAGUCAGGCGAGCGAGCUGCCAAAGAAGUUCUGCACAAUCUUCGACCCAACCUACUUUCUGAGGAAGACCUGCUGGGCACCUGCUAUGACCCUAAAAGCAUCCCAAAAGACUUCAAGAGUAUCAAGUACAAGGGAACACUUUUCUCCAUUAGCAAUCUCUUCUAUUUGGCUGCUGCUGCUGCAGUUGUUUCUUUUGUGUACUCUACAUAUUUUUAAGAAAGAAAAUAAGUAUUUUUAGCGUUUAGCUUUGGGUGUAGUCAGUAACCAAAAUGCUCGUAGAGGUUAAUUACUAGCAGUUACAAUGGCAACUGAACAUUUAGAGAGAAUUAGCACUGUUUGUUUGCAUGCAAACUUCCAAAUUGAAGGUGGAGGGUGAAAAGAUCCUGUGUUUGAAUCCUUUUGAAUGAUUUAGGCAGUUUCUUCACUACAUUUGCUCUUGUGCUCCCAGUAGUAAUUUGAAAGCUGUGUAUAAAUUUAUUGGCAAAAUAUGUUCUGGUGAAAACAUGAACUACCUGUUGAUUUCAGGAAUCGGUGUCCCUGCAGCCCGGUCUCUGACCAGGCCUCUGAUGGCCAAGGCCUUGAAAUUAUCUGUGAAAGGAGAGCUCUUUUGUUUGAAACUGGUUAGAAUGUUCAGAUCCUGCUUCACUGCCAUUCAGUAUAAAAAGUAAUUUAAGCUGUACCUAUAUACAAAUACAGCAUUGCCGUUUUAUUUCUUCUUUCUCCCACUUACCACUGAUAUUCACUCUUAAUAAAUUUAAUGUGACAAGUUUUUCUGUUGUUUUGAGAAAUGUGUGUAAUUUAUAAUGCUUAUGUUUAUUAAUUGCAUUAAAUUUUGUAUGUAAAGUACAGUACACCUUACAUACAAGCAUAAUGAAAAUACAUUUAGUGUGAGGAUAGGCUUUCACAGUGUAGUGCCUUGAGGCUAAAUUACAAAAAAAAAUAUAAUUAGAUAAAAAUAUGCAGAUAACAUACAAUUCUGGUACGGUAUAUAUUCUCUAGUAAAGUAAUUGAUGCAUGGAUUUUGUAAUGAUAUAAUUAAUAUAACUAAAAGGCCAAUAACAGUUGCAAAUAGUAUGCCAAUGUCUUUAUUUAGUAAAGUGUUAAGAUUUA